AUGGCCGAUUCUCAGUACGAUGAAAUUUGGAAGUCUGCGCUCAAGCAUUACGAACAAGAUACGAAAACAGCGAUCCAAACUCAUAUUAGCAACACCGAUACCCCAAAUGAUCUACUGCAGAAGAUCAAGGAUGACUUCGCUCAGUUCAGAAAGAAGGGGAAACGUCUGAGGGACAAGAUAAAGGCUGUCUUACGUCUCGUUGGGUUGUUCGCGGAAAUGACGGGCGAGGCUGUCGGCACGAAAUAUCCGCUAGGGAAAGCAAUUUUUGCUGGCAUUCGCGUGCUGCUUGAGUCCUCAAAGAGCGUCAGCUCUAAUUAUGAAUCGAUCAUCGAGAUGUUCGAAUAUUUUGAUGACUUUCCUAGCCGUCUCGAGAUUCACAACAAGCACAAGAUCACUGAUCCGGUCAAGAAGAUCAUCAUUGAAUUUCUGGCGCAGCUACUCUCAGUAAUCGGUUUGACAACGAAGCUCAUCAAAGAGGGCCGGAUGAAACGAUACUUCAAAUCUUUGAUCAGAGAGGACGACGACGUGAAAGAUGCCAUGGGGAAGCUAGAUCGGUUGACCAAGGAAGAGGAUAGGGUAGUAUUCUCAGUCACGCUGUCGGUUGUCAACACUAUAUUGGCAAGCUUGGAGGAGCAGAUGCGAUCUGGCAAAGAAGAGAUCGUGUCUACUAGAGAUGUCAUCCUAAAGGAAAUUCGAGAGUUAAAUGGUGGGGUUUCGCAUGUUCUUCACCCUGGUCUUCGGGCAAACCAAUUCCGUCGGUGCUUUCGCCCAAAUCCCCAAGGCUAUGAUGCAACUCGCUCAUGUUUGUUUUGUGUUGACUAG